CAUUUGGUGGAGUCCAUAUAGACAACGCGACCUUCAUCUUUAAAAAUUUGAAUAAAUUAGAGCAUGGCAAGACCGACAGAGAAACCGAGUGAUAUAUAACGUAGGAUGCAACUUCUCCCGGAGCAAGUCUAGGAGAUCUUGCACGAUUGCAAAAUCUCUUGACUUCCCUUAUAAUGUCACGGGCUUAGGUGUUUCCGAGCAAGCAAACCAGCACUCCAUAGAAAGGCGAUUGAGAUCUGGUAUCCAGAUCUGAUUUCCCGAGCGUAUCUCAUUUUCCCUUUGGAUUUCUCCGAAUUCAGACGCCAUGGGUUCUUAUUUGUACUUCAGGGCAAGUGGAAGGAGAUUUGGUUUGGUUGCUGUUGUUUUUCUCCUUGCGUCCAUCUUUUGCGUGGCCUUGUCUCAGGGUGAGACGAAUGGAUCGGUUCUGGAUCUGGGACGGCGUAGCAAGAUUGUUCUGGAGGACCUUGAGGUUGAAACUACAGGAGACAAGAAGGACCCUGAUUCUAUUAGUCUUGAUCUCAGUUUGGAUUCCGGUCUUGGAGUUUUUGAUGCUUUCUUUGCAAGUUUGUCAAUGAUAAUUGUUAGUGAGAUUGGAGAUGAAACAUUUAUAAUAGCAGCUCUUAUGGCAAUGAGACACCCUAAAUCAAUUGUUUUAUCUGGUGCGCUCAGUGCUUUGAUUGUAAUGACGGUACUCUCCACUGGGCUUGGCAGGAUUGUGCCAAAUUUGAUAUCAAGGAAGCAUACAAAUAGUGCAGCUACAGUUCUUUAUGCAUUUUUCGGACUGCGGCUGCUUUAUAUUGCUUGGAGAUCAGAUUCAAAGGCAUCCCAGAAAAAGGAAAUGGAGGAAGUUGAAGAGAAACUUGAGUCUGGACAAGGGAAAACAAGUUUCCGCCGCUUCUUUUCAAGAUUCUGCACACCAAUAUUCUUGGAGUCUUUUAUUUUGACUUUUCUAGCCGAGUGGGGGGAUCGCAGCCAGAUCGCAACAAUUGCGCUGGCAACACACAAGAAUGCGAUCGGAGUAGCAGUGGGGGCAACAAUAGGGCACACAAUCUGCACAUCACUGGCAGUGGUGGGAGGAAGCAUGCUAGCAUCCAAGAUCUCCCAAGGCACAGUUGCAACAGUAGGAGGCCUGCUCUUCCUGGGCUUUUCCCUCUCCUCCUACUUCUAUCCUCCUCUUUGAUAUUUUUCUUCAACCUUUAGUGAUUCCAUGAACUACCCAAACUCUGAGGUUCUUCACGCUAAGUUAAUCAAGAAUGGUUGUGUUGGUAUUCGAGGGAACCAUCUUCUGAAUCUCUAUGCGAAAUCCCAGAAUUUGGAACAAGCACAUAAAAUGUUUGAAGAAAUUCCCCAAACGGAUGUCUUCUCAUGGACAGUUUUGAUUUCGGGUUUUGCUCGAAUUGGGUUGUCUGCUGAUGUUCUGGGUCUAUUCACCAAGAUGCAGGAUCAAGGUGUAUGCCCCAAUCAAUUCACUUUGUCCAUAGUUUUGAAGAGUUGUUCUUCGAAUGUGAAUGAUUCUCGAAUUGGGAAGGGAAUUCAUGGUUGGAUUCUGAGGAAUGGGCUUGAUUUAGACGCUGUGUUGAACAACUCUAUCCUUGAUUAUUAUGUGAAAUGCAGGUGCUUUGGAUAUGCAGAGAAGUUGUUUGGUCUGAUGGCCGAGAAAGAUACUGUGUCUUGGAAUAUAAUGAUGAGCUCCUAUCUACAGAUUGGAGAUAUGCAAAAGUCUGUUGAUCUGUUUAGGCAAUUGCCCGGAAAAGAUGCUGCAAGUUGGAAUACAAUGAUAGAUGGGCUGAUGCGAAAUGGCUGUGAAAGAGUUGCCUUGGAACUUCUGUAUAAGAUGGUUGCAGCUGGACCUGCAUUCAACAAACUCACCUUCUCCAUAGCUUUGGUGUUGGCCUCUUCCUUAUCAGUUUUGGGACUAGGGAAGCAGAUACAUACUCAGGUACUGAAAGUUGGAGUCCUUGAUGAUGGGUUUGUGAGGAAUUCACUGAUAGAUAUGUACUGCAAAUGUGGGGAAAUGGAAAAGGCGUCGGUGAUUUUCAAACACUUGCCUCAAGAAUCUUCAAUGAUGAAUUCUGAAGAGUCUUGUGAUGAUGCAGUGGUGGAAAGUGUUUCAUGGAGUUCAAUGGUCUCUGGGUAUGUUCAGAAUGGUAGGUUUGAAGAUGCUCUGAAGACUUUUAGCUUUAUGAUUUGUUCCCAGGUUGAGGUCGAUAAAUUCACCCUCACAAGCGUUGUUUCUGCAUGUGCAAGUGCUGGGGUUCUGGAGCUUGGCAGGCAGGUCCAUGGCUACAUUCAGAAAAUUGGACAUGGACUGGAUGUUUUCCUGGGUUCCUCAAUCAUUGACAUGUAUGUUAAAUGUGGGAGCUUGAAUGAUGCUUGGUUGAUCUUCAACCAAGCUAAAGAUCGUAACGUUGUGUUAUGGACUUCAAUGAUAUCUGGCUGUGCUUUACAUGGACAAGGAAGAGAGGCUGUUCGGCUUUUUGAGCUGAUGAUCAAUGAGGGGAUUACACCGAACGAGGUCAGCUUUGUAGGCGUUUUAACUGCCUGCAGCCAUGCCGGGCUGCUUGAAGAAGGCUGCAAAUAUUUCAGAUUGAUGAGAGAAGUCUAUGGCAUCAGGCCUGGAGCUGAGCACUUCACCUGUAUGGUUGAUCUCUAUGGCCGAGCUGGUCGCCUAAAUGAGAUAAAGGAGUUCAUUCAUAACAAUGCCAUCUCCAAGCUGAGCUCUGUAUGGAGGUCUUUUCUAUCUUCUUGUCGAGUCCACAAAAACAUCGAGAUGGGGAUCUGGGUCUGCAAAAAACUACUUGAACUUGAACCAUUUGAUGCAGGACCUUACAUUCUGUUUUCUAGCAUUUGUGCCACUGAGCAUAGAUGGGAAGAGGCAGCUAAAAUCAGGAGUCUGAUGCAACAGAGAGGGGUUAAGAAAAACCCGAGUCAAUCUUGGAUUCAGCUGAAGAAUCAAGUGCACAGCUUUGUCAUGGGAGAUAGGUCUCAUCCACAGGACACUAAGAUUUAUUCAUACUUAGAUGAGCUAAUUGGAAGGUUAAAGGAAAUCGGGUAUUCAACUGACGUCACACCAGUGAUGCAAGAUGUAGAACAAGAGCAAAGACAAGUGCUACUAGGUUAUCACAGUGAAAAACUUGCCAUUGCUUAUGGCAUCAUUAGUACUGCUCCUGGAACACCGAUCCGGGUCAUGAAAAACCUUCGCGUUUGCAUUGACUGUCACAACUUUAUCAAGUAUGCUUCUGAGCUCUUGGGCAGGGAAAUAAUCAUUAGAGACAUUCAUCGGUUCCAUCAUUUUAAGCAUGGGCAUUGCUCCUGUGCAGACUACUGGUGAUGCUGCAAGUCACCAAGCUAUAAAUUAUGCCAGUGAGUACUCACCGGAUUUGAUUGCCAUAAGUCAGAAACAGUUCAUCAAGGGUUCAUCUAGACCCCGGAAGUAAUUCAAGACCUCCACAAUUCAAUGAAGAGAUCAUGGUUGUUCAGUCCAUGAUUUCCAGUCUGCUCCUAUUGAUUUUGACAUUGAUGCCUAAUUGAGAAU